AAAGACUUGUCAGAAGUCAGAAACAAAUAGUUGUCAACGUGAUUGCAAAAAUGGCUACGAAUAAUUAUUUCGGUUUUACUCACGGCGGAACGCAGUACACGGCCGCGGCUACCGGCGCAGCAUAUCAAACAGGCCAGGCUGGAUAUGCUGUAGCGACCCCGGUCAGUGCAGCUGCGACUUACGGGACUCCCAGGGCUACCGGUUACGAGACCGCCUAUCAAACUCCACAGGCCUACGGCACCGCCUCGGCGCCUUCCUAUGACUACGGUUAUGGUCAAACAGCAGCUACAGGUUAUACAGCGGGGUACGAUCAAACGGCAGCUGUAGCUGUAGCUGCGGUAGCUAAACCCGCCACAUAUUCGACGAGUUAUCCACAAAGGACGACGCAGCAACAACAACAGCAGCAGGCCCAGCAACAGCAGCCCCAACAGCAGGUGCCGGCUACAACAUACGUACAACCUGUAACUCAGACAACAGCUGCUGCUCAACCAACAACUCAAGCUAAAGCGACGAUGUACGUGGCCCAACAGGGCGGCCAACACAAACCCGGCGGUUGGCAGAACUUCCGGAAGGCCGGCCUCGGCGCCAAGAACAUCAGAACGAAGGCGCCGCCGAAGCCGCAACAGCUCCACUACUGCGAGGUGUGCAAGAUCAGCUGCGCCGGCCCACAGACCUAUCAGGAGCACCUCGAAGGCCAGAAGCACAAGAAGCGCGAGGCGGCGUCCAAAAUGGCCGCCUCCGUCGCCGUCACCAACCAGAAUCGAGCGGGAAAUUCGCUCAGGUGUCAACUGUGCGACGUCACUUGUACAGGUAACGACGCCUACGCGGCGCAUAUACGGGGCGCGAAGCACCAGAAGGUGGUGUUGUUGCACACGAAACUGGGCAAGCCGAUACCGCCGCAGGAGCCCGAAGUCAUAGGGGGCGUUAAGAAAACGUUGGCGAACGAUCCGAAGAUCAAUUUCAUCCAAGGCGCCGGUUUGGGCGCCGUCUCCGGCAACGGGGACAUCAUGUCCAAGGACGACGAGGAGGAGACGCCCGAAGCCGAUGUCGUGCCGGUCGGGCAGGAUUAUAUCGAGGAAAUUAAAAGCGACGAUGGAAAGAUAAUCAGUUUCAAUUGUAAACUGUGCGAGUGUAGAUUUAGCGACCCGAAUGCCAAGGAAAUGCACAUGAAAGGUAGACGACAUAGGCUGCAAUACAAGAAGAAAGUCGAUCCGAAUUUGGUCGUCGACGUUAAACCGUCGUUGAGGCAGAGAAAAAUCCAGGAGGAAAAGAUGCGACGAGCCGCUAUGAGAGAAGAAUUUUGGGCCAGGCGACAAGGCGAAGAGGGCUACUGGGACGGAAGGAACUACGGCGAAGAUUACAUGGGUUUCCCCAGAGGUAGACCCUUCCCCGGUCCACCCCACUUCUUCCAGAGCAGUAUGCCGCGCAGGACCGAAUCCAGCGACGACAAGCACGUGAUGGCGCGACACGCCGAGAUCUACCCGAAAGACGAGGAACUGCAAGCCAUACAGAACAUCGUAUCGAAUACGGAGCGAGCGCUGAAGAUCGUCUCCGAUCAAAUAGCCGAUACCAAAACGCCGGCGAAAAAACCGGCGGAAGCCGCUCCGGCGACCGCCGCCGCUACCGCCAACAAAGUCGACGACGCCAAACCCAUCGAAGGGCCCCAGAAGGAGGACGGACGCGAUAAUCAAUUAUUCACCUUCCAACAAGGCGACAACGCGCGAUUGCUGAAGGGCGUGAUGCGCGUCGGCCAUUUGUCCAAAGGGCUGAUCCUGCGCGGCGAGACGAACGUCCAAUUGGUGGUGCUCUGCGCCGACAAGCCGACGCUGACGUUGCUGAAGAAGGUGGUGGAGCUGUUGCCGUCGGCGCUGAAGCAGAUCGCGCCCGAAGAGGCCUACAGGGUGUCGAUCAACGCGCCCGAGGCCGGUUUGAACGUGGCCGGCAAGGACGGUAACGUUUUGGUACAGUUUACGAGUCCCGUCAUCAGGGAACAGCAAGAAGCUGCGAGCGGUGGGUUCGACCGGGACGUUCUCUCACGCGGCAAGUGUCUCCAGGCGCUGGCAGCCCUCAGACAUACCAAAUGGUUCCAGGCUAGGGCUCUAGGUCUUCACUCGUGCGUCAUCAUAAUCCGCAUACUGAGAGAUUUGUGCGAACGAGUUCCUACAUGGGCGCCGCUCUCGUCUUGGGCGAUGGAAUUGCUAGCCGAAAAAGUCAUCUCGUCAGUUCCUAGUCAGAGCCAUCUGUCGCCCGGAGACGCCCUGAGGCGCGUCAUGGAGGCCGUGGCCAGCGGUUUGUUGUUACCCGGAGGGCCAGGACUGGCCGAUCCUUGCGAAAAGGACUCGCCGGACGCGUGCGCCAGCUUGACGGCGCAACAGCGCGAAGAUCUCACGUUCUACGCUCAGCACGCCCUUAGGUUAAUCGCUUUUAGACAGAUAUAUAAGGUACUUGGAAUGGAACCUCUUCCAGCUCCUAAAAACACUUUCAAAGAUAGGUUCGGACGUAAACGUAGAGCGGAGCAAGAAAAUGUGGAAGGUGAUGGGGGAAAGCAAAUCAAGACAGAGCCGAUAGAUAAUGCUGUGAAUGCUAUUAAGUAAUUGAUUAGAAUAUUAUUAGUUAUUUUUUACAUUUGAAGUAUUUUAAUGUAAACUAGUUUCUAAAAAAUGUGUAUAACGACUUUCAUAUUAGAUACACUAAAAAAGAAUGUGAACAUAGUUCCAGAUAAAUAAAUUAUAUUGGACGUAUGUACGGACAAGAGUUAUAAUUAGCUACUCAAUUUUUUUUAUGUAAAAUUAUUUCACUCCAUAUUGAUUUUUAAGUGAAUAAUGUAUUUAACAAGUAAAGCGCAUCUGUCUUGAAUUACUUGAAUUUCGAUCAA